AUGACACGAGAAGCUCAAGCAGCAGAAGCCGCAGGCGCAGUCCCCGCCGGUGGCCUAUGUCUGCUCGUGAUCGACCAACAAGUGGACUUCCAUCCCGGCGGAUCACUGGCGAUCCCCACGGCCAACGAAGACGCCGCGCGCAUUGCCGCGUUCAUCCGCCAGCACACGGCGAAGCUCAAGCAGCUCGUGCUCACGUUGGACUCGCACCAGCGCUACCACAUUGCGCAUGCGAACUUCUGGGAGAACGCCGAGGGGCGCUGGCCCGACCCGUUCUCGUGUAUCACAGCUGAGGACGUGGCCACUGGCGUGUGGCGCCCACGCGACCCGAGUCUGAAGGACUACGUGUUGGCCUACACGUCGGCGCUCGAAGCCAGCGGCAAGUUCACGCUGUGCAUCUGGCCAGAGCACUGCAUCAUUGGCUCGCCCGGGCACAAUGUCGUGCCGCCAGUCCAUGCAGCUGCGAUGGCGUGGACGCAAGCGGCGCUGACGCCCGUGCAGUACGUCACGAAGGGCAGCAACUCGUUCACGGAGCACUACUCGGCGCUCCAGGCCGAGAUCGAGCUGCCUUAUGAUUCCUCGACAAGGUUGAACACGUCGCUCGUUGAGGCGCUCGAACGGGCCGACCAAGUGGUCAUCUGCGGCGAAGCGCUGUCGCACUGCGUGAACUACACAGUGCGUGACCUGGUCGCAGUGUGGCCACAAGACCGACGCCAGGACCUCGUGAUCCUCACGGACUGCGCGUCUGCCGUUCCAGGAUUUGAAGCCGCUGGAGAGGCGUUUCUCCGCGACAUGGCGGCAAAAGGUCUAACGCUCACGACGUCUACGCAGUUCUGUGCCUAA